AUGACGCAAGUUGUCGACCAAGACGUCGAAGACGACGUGGCCCAAACCCCUGGGGGUAUUGACGCGCAAACGAUAAACGAGCUCGCCGCGUUGAAACAGUCGGUUCUCGAUAUAAACUCCAACUUUCAUCACGUAACUACGUCCGCUCCCCAGAUCGAGCGGGUCCUCGCAGAGUCUCUCCGGACACCGUUCACUGAGAAAAUAACGAAGGUUCGACUCCGAAAGAUGGAAAAGCUCCGUCUUCCGACCUUCGACGGUGUUUCCGACCCUUCUGUUCACGUCACAUCCUUCAAUAUCGCGAUGCGACGCGCGAACCUUUCUGAUGAAGAAAAAGACGCCGGUUUUUGUCAACUUUUUGUCGAAACCCUAGAGGGCAUCGCUCUUAACUGGUUCACCGGCCUUCAGGAGAACUCCAUUGAUAUUUUUCACGACCUCUCAACGGCUUUCCUCAAAAAUUACAUCAUGUUCACUCGACAGGAGGCCACCGCCACAGAUCUCUGGAAUCUCAACCAUACAAACGAGCAAAGCUUGAGGGAUUUUAUGGAAAAGUUCAAAUCAAUUGUCUCAAAAGUCGACGUACCGGACCACAUAGCCGUGGAGUCAUUGAUGAACACCCUCCAUAUUAAGUCGCCAUUCCGGGCUGACCUCUACCAACGCCCAACGAGAUCGGUACCGGAUGCAAUCGCUCGAUCCAACAACUUCAUUCGAAUGGAGGAGGAUACCAGAGCUAAGGCGGUGAAAGAAGCAGCGGGAAAACAGACUCCCGCCCGGACGAACAACGUUCGUCAUGAACCACACCAACAUUCUACAGGUGGCAAGCCCAACCAAAAGAAGGGUUAUAUGAACGCUGUGGACGAUGGAGAACCCUCAGGCUCCGCCAUUGUGGUGCGAGAGAAGGGAUGGAAUCAUUGGGAUCGAGACACCAACCAGCAGAAGUCUAGUUCUCCCGAACCAACAAGCUCAAGUAUUACGGAGCCGAGCAAAUGGUGUUCUUAUCAUGAAGUCAAAUCACACGACACAAAGGAUUGCAAAGUUCUUUAUGGACAUUUCCUCAAGUCCAUCGAAAGUGGGAAAAUUGAGAUAGAAUCUCCUCCGCAAAAGCCGAAAAACAAUAAGAGUUGGAGCAAAAACAAAGAGAAGAAGACUCAGAAGUCUCAAGCAAAAGCCCCUCAGAAAGAAGAGCAAGCUAAUCCAGAGCGAGCCACAGUAAACAAUCUCAACCUCGAAGGCGAGUCAGCUGAUGAAGAAACACCUAAGAACCGGCGACGGGUGGAAAUGAUACUCCCUCGACAGGCUGAUUCCUCGGACGACGAAAUUCCGCCGGUACCGAGGGACUUGCGCGAAAAAUUGGGCAGAAAAACGGAUUCCAAGGACUUACGCACCUUUCUGAAGCGGAAGGCCGAAAUGGUACAAAAGAACGAGGCGGACCUCAGGACGACCCUCGACGAGUCUAAGGCAAGAAAGACUACCCGCAUCGGAGCUGCUCCACACCUUCAACCUCAACCCGCAGAUUUACGUGAGCAUAUCAACUCCAAAGCCGAAGACUUGCGCGUCAAGCUUAGUGGUUCACCUCCUUGCGGGGACUCGGUAAGAGCAGUUAAAGAUUAUAGACGACAAGCUGUCACCGCCCAAAAGUGGCCUUCGCAAGUCGAAGCAGACCAUCGAAUCUCCUUCUCGGUGGCCGACACUCACGGCAUCAGCAUGCGGCAUAAUGACCCGCUCCUAAUCGAUAUUGGAAUUGGCGAAUGCCAGGUCACAAAGGUUCUCGUUGACACGGGCAGCUCAGUCGAUCUUAUCUUUCGGGACACGCUCGACAAAAUGGGGAUCGACCUAUGUGACAUGAAGCCCUCUUCACGCACUCUCACGGGAUUCAAUGGCUCCUCGGAACAGAUGAUUGGGACAAUUCGUCUCCCAGUUUACACAGGUGAUGUGACCCGCACUGUUAAAUUCUCUGUUAUUCGGGCUAAGGCGCCCUACAACGCAAUCCUCGGUACGCCUUGGUUGCACUCUAUGAAAGCCAUUCCCUCCACCUAUCACCAAUGCGUUAAGUUUCCUGGGAAAGAUGGAACGACGCAGACGAUCCGCGGGGAUCAACGGGCUGCGAUAGAGCUACUUAUCGCCGCGGUCAAGCUACAACAAUCUCCUUCUCUCGUCAACGCGGUCACCAAACCAAUACAUAAGAUCUACCCUCAGAAGGAAGAAAUCCGCGAGGUUCCCAUUGAUGAAGCUGACCCAUCGAAGGUCGUGCGCAUUGGCGCUUACCUCUCUGAUGAAAUGCAGUCACUAAUCAUUUCUUUCCUCAAAGAGAAUGCCUCAGCCUUUGCAUGGGUAACUUCUGAUAUGAAAGGAAUCGACCCCGCAAUAGCAUCUCACGAACGGUCCAAAGCAAUAAAUGAGGAAGUUGACAGGUUGCUCGAUGCAGGUUUCAUCGUCGAGGUACGGUACCCAGAGCGGCUAGCUAACCCUGUCGUCGUAAAAAAGAAAAACGGGAAGUGGCGCAUUUGUGUUGACUUCAGGGAUUUGAACAAAGCCUGUCCAAAAGACAGCUACCCUCUCCCGCAUAUCGACCGUCUGGUAGAGUCGACUGCCGGCAAUGAGCUCCUAACCUUUAUGGACCCUUUUUCAGGGUACAAUAAAAUCAUGAUGCACACAGACGACCGCGAGAAAACGGCGUUCAUAAUGGACAGAGGGAGGUAUUGCUACAAGGUCAUGCCUUUCGGCCUAAAGGACGCAGGAGCGAGUUACCAGCGUCUGGUCAAUAGAAUGUUUGCCGACAAACUUGGCAACACUAUGGAAGUUUACAUCGAUGAUAUGCUCGUAAAAACACUUCGGCGCAAGGAUCAUCUCGACCAUUUGCGAGACUGCUUCAAAACGCUGAACGAGUACGGGAUGAAGCUCAACCCGGCGAAAUGCACCUUCGGCGUCACAUCUGGAGGGUUCCUAGGUUACAUUGUUACCCAGCGAGGCAUCGAAGCAAACCCAAAACAAAUAACAGCAAUCCUCGAUCUCCCUAGUCCGAAGAACACCCGCGAGGUUCAGCGUUUAACCGGAAGGAUUGCGGCACUAAACAGGUUCAUCUCAAGAUCCACAGACAAGUGCCUCCCGUUCUAUGACCUCCUACGGGGAAAUAAGAGAUUCGUCUGGGACGAAAAAUGCGAGGAAACCUUCAAUCAGCUCAAGCAUUACCUCACGACACCUCCAGUUCUGUCGAAGCCCGAGGUCGGGGACACUCUAUCCAUAUACAUUGCCGUCACCUCCUCGGCAGUUAGCAGCGUCCUAAUACGAGAAGACCGUGGCGAACAGAAGCCUAUUUUCUACAUCAGCAAGCGAAUGACGGAACCAGAAACGAGAUACCCAACCUUAGAAAAGAUGGCCCUCGCCAUCAUCACUUCGGCCUCCUACGGGGAAAUAAGAGAUUCGUCUGGGACGAAAAAUGCGAGGAAACCUUCAAUCAGCUCAAUUAUUCCUGAUUUUCUGAUCAAGCUAACGCCGGAGCAAGAACAAGAUCUCGUGCUGCCAAGUCUGAACUGGAUAUUGCACGCAGAUGGUUCAUCCACGAACAAAGGUUUAGGGGCAGGCGUACAACUCCAGUCACCAACAGGCGAACUAAUCCGACAGUCGUUCAGUUUUGAUUUUGCGGCGUCCAACAACGAAGCCGAAUACGAGUCUCUCAUCGCAGGCCUUCGUCUGGCUAAAGCAGUAAAGGCUAAACGAGUCAGCGCAUACUGUGACUCCCAACUCAUGGUGAGUCAAUUUCUCGGAGACUAUGACGUCAGGAACGAUAGGAUGGACGCCUACUUGAAACUCGUCAAAGAUCUUACACAAGACUUCGAAUUCUUCGAGCUCACGAAAGUCCCUCGCAGAGAGAACGUAUGUGCGGAUGCACUCGCAGCCCUUGGAAGUAAACUACACGAUCAGAUGAAAAGGAAGAUCCUGAUACAUAGGAUCGAGAAGCCAAGCAUCAGCCCAAUGACAAAACAGCUUGCCAUCGCAGCAUCUAUCACGAACGUCAUGGACAUCGACGAAGGGGAUCCCCGCACAACGGAAGGUCAACUUGAUGAUUGGCGAACGGAAUUAAUCGUUUACCUAUCUGACGGCAUAUUACCCACAGAGAAAUGA